GCGCAUGCGCAGGGCGUCUCCACUGGCUCGCUCGGUGCUGAAGUUGGGCGGAUGGACGGAAAACACCGCUGAUGGAGAUAAAACGGCAGCAUGCAAUCUCAACGCGUGAUACCCCCGAUAUCCGCAUAAACACGUGUAACGACACCCCUUUAGAAGACUGACAUCUAGAACAAAAGGGAUGUCUUAUCCUGGAUCAUUUAGCCCUUGACUCAAGGAAAGGGUGUGCCUGCAAAUACCAGGUGUUUGAAACCUACCUCCACCCACCUCCUGCGUUCUCCAUCAGGCAUGAUAAGAGAAGACACAAGAGGCCACAAUUUGUUUUCCAGCACUCUGCCCGUCUCAACGUUUGACAUUACCGUCAUGAUUUUCUUACCUGAUCUUCGGAUGGAUCGCUGCUAAUUUGCAUGCCUCAGAGUGUGAGUGGAGUUGAAAUGAGGAAAAGGCAGCAGGGACGUAUUGAAGGACCCCCACAGGCGCCUGGUCACCCGAGGCCCAACACCUGCUGUCUGUGUUGGUGUGGAUGCUGCAAAUGCCUCUGGAAUGAAGACAGAAGGGAACGUUCAGAGAGGCAAACAUGUACAAAGAUGGAUAGCAUAGAAGCAACAGAGGAACAGCGUCCCACACUGGAUGAGGUGAUUGCCUGGUCACGGAGCUUUGAGAUGAUGAUGCGCUCUCCAGAGGGAAGGGAUGUUUUCCGGGAGUUCUUGCGGUCUGAGUACAGUGAAGAAAACCUGAUGUUCUGGAUCUCCUGUGAGGAACUGAAGAAAGAAACUAACCCAUCAGCUAUCGAAGAAAAAGCCAGGAUCAUUUAUGAAGACUACGUCUCCAUUCUUUCGCCAAAAGAGGUCAGCUUGGAUUCACGGGUGAGGGAAGGCAUCAACCAAAGCCUGGCAGAACCCAGCAGUACGAUGUAUGAGGAGGCCCAGCUACAGAUCUACACCCUCAUGCACAGAGACUCCUUCCCCCGAUUUCUCAACUCAUCUGUUUACAGGGAUCUCCUUAACAGCAAGAGGGCCUGCUUAGACACCUAGGUUUCAGAAAGAACAUUUGAGACAAAAAAGCCCCAAGGUGCCACUUUCAAAAGGUGUGAUGUUUCUUAUUUCAAGAGUGAGUAGUUAAGCAAUUCUGAGCAUCCACUAGUGACCCUGAAGUUGAGUUCUGUUUAAGUGCCAAUACGAGCUGCUCAGGCAACUGUGACACAGAAAAACAUGUAGGAAAACCGACAGAUCCAUACUUCCUACUCUCAACUUACUUGUCUUUUUCAUUCACCUGUUUUGUCUCUUUUAAAUCUUUUCUCUCUUCCUGUUUACUCUCUCUCUCUUUCUCUCAUGUUCUUUCUACCUGAUCCUUUUCAUCUUUUAUGCCUCACAUGUCUGAGGACAGCUGAAUAAUGUUAUUAUUUUUUUUUAAGAAAAUCAAAAAACAAACGGAUAAGCGGUAGAUGUUAAGCUAGAAAACCUUUGCAUGAUACAAGGUUAUGGAAUUUACUCCAGUUUGACAUUUAAGCCCCGGACUACAAUGUUUUUUGAAUUAAAAAAAAAGUUUUUUAUGCUGUCAUGGGGAGAGAACAUUGUAAAGCUCUCGUAAGCGAAGGGAAAAUUAGCUGUGCCAAUUGUUUUGUAAAUGAGAAGCUGGGAAGCGUAAUCGCCGUCUUGCCGUCCAAACUUUUUCUUUGCGAGUCGACAGUUCUUUAACUGGGAAACAUAAGGGCUAGCUAGUGUUGUGAUUGGGCAGCUAAAUGAAUCAUGAAGAUUUCUUUCUCUCUGCAAAAAUCACAAUGCCUCGACACUGAGUAAGGGCACAAAAAAGCUGCUGAUGCUGGUGACGACACCGUUUUUUUGUGUGAGUCCUCCUAGCCCCUCCCAGUCCGUUACUUACAGAGAGAAGCACAGGUACUGUAUGUCAUGGGCUGUAAGCUUCGCUGGAUUGACUGAGAAUUGCUUGAAAAUCACUCACCAACGUUCUGGAGGUUCUUAAAAGAGCUUCGAAUUGUCUUACACAUUAAAGAAAUGUAUUUUAUUAAACAAAAGUAUAGUGAACACUAUGCCUUGUUUUUGAGAGUUACACUAGGUCUAUUUAAAAUAACUGUGCUCGCCGAGACCCGCUCGAUGAGGUGGUGCGACGGAGUCGGAUCCAUCAGGGAAAUUGUUCUCUGCCUCCGAGUCCAAAUGUUCGUUUUUGCUAAUUGAAACGUGGAGCAGUCUCGGCCAUUUUCACAGCUCGGAAAACUGCAGGUUAUCGAAAAGCGAAAACAAGUCAGUCCUUUUGUAAUACUUUUUUCCAGCAUGCGUUUCUUCUGUUGUGUCAUGUACACAUUGCAAUACUCAACCCAGAUAUGAUGUGAACCUCUGUGGGAAGCAUCAUGUUGAAGAUGAUACUAUAAAGAUGACUUUUUUUUAGAGGUUUAGACGUGUGUCCCUCAAGAAUGACAGCUUUUCAGCUCUGUGUUGUUGGAUUCAAACUUGAAUGUUGCUGUUCAAUUUUCUAGACAUUUGUGUGCUAUUGCAAUCGCAGCAGCCAGUGCAUGAGAACACGAUAUUUAAAAUACUGGUGUGUUAAACCACUCUCUCACCUUUUAGCGGAGUAAUUCAAGAGUGAAUUGCAUUUAAACCGACAUUUUUUUGGUCACCAUACCCAACCUCAAAGUGUCACUUUCCCUGAACUCUUGUGCCAAUGAAUGAACGAACGUUUGUUAAGUAAAUCAUGAUCAAGUGUGUUGUUGUUGGGUUUUCUUAUUGGUGCUCUGAGAGUUAAGUGCCAUUCACUCUGCAGGUUUACCACAUUAAAAUGAAGACCUUUGUCACUUUA